GACGCGAUCAGUACGUUUUGAGUUGUGCUUCGCGACGGUUGGUGAUCUUAAAAGUGCUCCGAACACGAACAGUGCCCGCAGUCUCUCGGUUUUGGUGAUUUUUUUUUUGGCUCUGCAUCUGUAUCUGUAUCUCGAUCGGCUCCAACCCGCUGCAUCCGUGACUCUCUCCCCACCUACGAGCGUGUGUGUGUGUGUGUGUGUGUGUGAGCAAGAGUGCUAAGCUUUUUGCUCACACGUCUAACUGUCGCUAGUGUGUGCGUGUGUUGGUGCCUUAACUUGAACUAUGGUUCGCCUGUUCGUGUGCGUCUAAUAAAUAUAUAUUUAAAAAUAAGUAUUUCGACAUUCCGCCGUGAAAAUUAUGUGACACACCAGUCCAGAUCCCAAAACAACCACGUCCCAUUCAUUCGCGCAAUAUUAUUAAAAAGCCAUCCGAGUGCCAAAAGCAACGAAGCGAGCAAUAAUUGUGAUUAAUAGCAACGAAACAAACGAAUACGGACCGCAAAUUAGCCCCAUAAGGCCACUCAAAUAGCAAUAGUCCAGCCAGGUGCAUUAUUCACGGCUCCCAAACGGUGAUUACCUCAUCUGUAUCAGCGCUCCGCCAGCAAAAUGGUAUCAAAAAGCAAUAAAAAGAAACAAGUGUCUCAGCAGCAGGCGUCGACGUCGCAGUCGCCGCCAGCCACCUCGACCACGACAACAACGUCGUCGGCCGAGGCCACGAAGCUUACCAAAAAACUGGGCCCCGAUGCGUUCGCCACUCUGACCACCAGCAACAGCUCCACUUCCAUGCAGCACGAGUCGGUGUCGUAUGGUGAGCCUGUGGCCAGCACCUCGGCUGCUUCCCUUCCAGCGGCCGGAGUCAGGAGCUACAGCAGCCGGAGCCAGAGCCUGAGCAAGAGCAAGGCCUCCCAGUCCCAGCAUUCCUCCUCCUACACAGAGCAUUCGCAAUCUCAGUCCCAGCUGCAGUCGCAGUCGGAGUCGCAGUACAGCAGCAAGAUCUCGCGGGAUUAUGCCAACGAGAAGGUCAUCUCCUCGAUCGAUUUGCUUGAAAGUGAAAAGAAGGAGCCAGUAUUCUCGGUGCCCAUUGAGGUGGUGGAAAUCACAACACCUACGCUAUCCGUCUCCGCCAGCGGGGGCAGUGUCUCGAAAAUGUUCACGUCCUCAUCGAUGUCUUCCAGCCAACAGCAGCAGCAAGCCAGCAGCUCCAGCUCGUACUUCCAAGCCACAACCAGUUCCAGCCGGAGCGCCAACGAAACGCUGAUUGCGAGUGAGAGAGCCGAUACGGCUACCGGUAUGACAUCAUCCGGGCCGCGGAAACAGGUUGGCUUCGAUACAGACACCAAGACAGUGACAAAUACCAGCAGCAGCAGUAACAUCAGCACCAGCACGAAAACAAACACAAACAUAAACAUCAGCGGCAACAGCACUUUGAGAGAAUCUCAGAGCGUGCCAAAGCUGCCGACGAGCGGAACAGCUGAUGGUCCCGCAUCGGUGACGUUGCAAGGCUACACCGAACCGGUUGCCGCGUCGUCUGGCGCGACCACAACAAAGGCGACGUCAUCGGUGCGACGCAAAGAUGAACUGCAAACGGCGAGCACGGGCACAGCUGUUGAUAGAGCUACGUCAUCGUCAUUGGUCGACCAGCAUAGAUCUAGCACAGAGGUCAGCGAGAGUUCCGUUCUCAAAAGCUCUAGCAGCAGUAAGAAAUCAAAGACUUCGUCAAAAAAAGAAGUCUACGAUGUGAAAACCAAGACGUGGACGGAGUACAGCGAUGGCAGCCCCCAAGGACCCAGUAAGACACGGCCCACAUUCGAGCGGUAUGUCAGCAAGGAAUCCGACGGCAGCUCCAAAGUGACGUACAAGAAGAAAAUAUACGACAGACGCAAUAAUCGGUGGCGCGUGGUGGAUGAACGGACGGUGGACAGUACCGCCGACACGGGCUAUCCCGAAAUAGUCGAUGAUGUCAUUAAUACAACAAGAACCACAUACACCACCAAGGUGUAUGACACGAAGCUCGGCAAGUGGACUGUUGUGGACGAAAAGUCGUUCACUGAUACGAAAGCUUUCGUGCCCAAUGACAUUGCUCGUGAAAUCGAGAAAGAUAAUACCGAUGUUGCAAACAUAACGACUACAACGGAGGUAACAAAGAUUUUUGAUGCGAGCAUCAACGACUGGCGCGUUUUGGACGAAAAGGUGCACACAGAUGUCAUCGAGAAGAUCGUAGAGGCUCCCAAGAAGACCAUCUACGUGGACGAGUUUGUGGAGAUUGAAAAAAACACCUCUAUUUUGGAAAACAAUGAAAACAUUACUUUGAACUUAAAUGAGACAUCGAAACACAAAAAUAUUACCGAAAAUAUUUAUGAUGAAAUCGAUUAUGUGCGCACUGAUAAGAAACGCCUAGACGACUCAAAAACCAGAGGAGUUGCAAGGAACAAGUCCACAUCACAUAGUGAAAGGUGUAUCUGUGAAAUCUGCACAUGCGGGCGACAUCAUUGCUCAAGCAGUACAACGAAAUCUUCAGAGAAAUCGAUCAUUCAAACCGAUGAUACAGUAGACGAAGCAUAUACGAGGAUUCGUACAAAUACAUGGUCGAAAAAAGAAAAUGAAAACAUUCCCAAGCAAAACGAAGACAUUCUCGUGGACUACAUAGUAAUAAAGAAACCAGAAGACAAUUUAAGACCUGAAGGAGAGUUUACGAUUCCACAAAAAGAGCCAUACAAGCCAGGGCAAAAACGUGAGAAAAUUGUGCAUAGCGACAAUCUUCGAACGGAGGGAGAAAUGACUUUUGUUGAGAGAGAGGAAUAUCAAUAUACUGUUCGUCCUGGGUAUGUGAAGCCCACAGACAAUCUUAAGUCUGAAGGCGAAUUCUAUACUCCAGAAAAACCGAUAUAUCAACCGGGUGAUAGACCUACUCAAGUAAGACAUAAUGACAACCUUAGGCCAGAAGGUGAGUUCUAUACUCCUGAAAAACCGGGCUUUAUCCCAGCUGACCGCGUAACGCAAAAGAAACCCGUUGAUAACCUUAAGCCGGAAGGGGAGUUUUCUUCUCCAGAAAAACAGACCUACCGACCUGCCGAAAAACCAGAAAAAAUAAUACGCAGUGAUAACUUGCGGACAGAAGGAGAAAUGACGUUUGUGGAGAGAGAAGAGUAUCAAUAUGUAACACGGCCGGGACAAGUCAAGCCAACCGAUAACUUAAGACCUGAGGGUGAAUUUUAUAGUCCUGAGAAACCGAUAUAUCUCCCAGGCGACCGUCCAUCUCAAGUUCGUCCUGUUGACAAUCUGAAAACCGAAGGUGAUUUCUAUACUCCCGAACAACCAGGAUUUCAGCCUGCAGAGCGACCAGUUCAAAAGAAGCCUGCGGACAAUCUAAAGCCAGAAGGAGAAUUCGCUAAGCCUGAAAAGCAAGUUUACAAACCGGCUGAUAAAACUGAAAUAAUUAUUCGGAAAGAUAAUCUUCGCACGGAAGGAGAAAUGACGUUUGUCGAGAGGGAAGAGUAUCAGUAUGUUAUGCGUCCUGACCAAGUAAAACCAACGGAUAAUCUUAAGCCGGAAGGAGAAUUUUACAGUCCCGAUAGGCCAAAAUUCCGCCCUGGGGAAAGACCUUCUCAAAUAAGACCAGAAGACAACCUGAGACCUGAGGGUGAUUUUUAUGCUCCUGUAAAACCUGGAUUCACGCCCGCUGAUAGACCUGUACAGAAAAAACCAAAUGACAACUUAAGACCCGAGGGUGAAUUUUAUAGUCCAGAAAAACCGAAGUACAGACCGGGAGAAAGACCAUCCCAAGUCAGACCUGAAGAUAAUCUCCGACCUGAGGGUGAGUUCUAUACACCUGAUAAGCCAGGAUUCCGACCCGCUGAGAGGCCCGUGCAAAAGAAGCCAGAGGACAACCUGAAACCUGAAGGAGAAUUUUACAGUCCAGAGAAGUCGAAGUACACACCGGGCGAAAGACCCUCCCAAGUCAGGCCAGAGGAUAAUCUCAGACCAGAGGGUGACUUCUACACACCGGAGAAGACAGGUUUCCGACCUGCUGAGAGGCCUGUUCAGAAGAAGCCAGAGGACAAUCUAAAACCCGAAGGAGAAUUCUACAGUCCCGAAAAACCGAAAUACAAACCAGGCGAAAGACCUUCUCAAGUCAGACCGGAGGAUAAUCUUAGGCCAGAGGGGGAGUUCUACACACAGGAGAAGCCAGGUUUCCGACCCGCUGAGAGGCCUGUUCAGAAGAAGCCAGAAGACAACCUUAAGCCUGAAGGAGAAUUCUACAGUCCUGACAAGCCGAAGUACAAACCAGGCGAAAGACCAUCUCAAGUCAGACCAGAGGAUAAUCUUAGGCCAGAGGGUGAGUUCUACACACCGGAGAAGCCAGGUUUCCGACCGGCCGAGAGGCCUGUUCAGAAGAAGCCGCAGGAUAACCUCAGGCCUGAAGGCGAAUUUGUUAAGCCUGAGAAACAAGUUUACAAGCCUGCCGAAAAAACUGAAAAAAUUAUUCGAAAAGAUAAUCUUCGUACUGAGGGAGAAAUGACUUUUGUCGAGAGGGAAGAGUAUCAGUAUGUUGUGCGACCUGACCAAGUUAAACCAACGGACAACCUUAAGCCUGAAGGAGAAUUCUACAGUCCUGACAAGCCGAAGUACAAACCAGGCGAAAGACCAUCUCAAGUCAGGCCAGAGGAUAAUCUAAGGCCAGAGGGUGAGUUUUACACACCGGAGAAGCCAGGUUUCCGACCCGCUGAGAGGCCUGUUCAGAAGAAGCCAGAAGACAACCUAAAACCUGAAGGAGAAUUCUACAGUCCUGAAAAACCGAAGUACAAACCAGGCGAAAGGCCUUCUCAAGUCAGGCCAGAGGAUAAUCUCAGGCCAGAGGGUGAGUUCUAUACACCGGAGAAGCCAGGUUUCCGACCCGCUGAAAGGCCUGCUCAGAAGAAACCGCAGGAUAACCUCAAGCCUGAAGGCGAUUUUGUCAAGCCUGAGAAACAAAUUUACAAGCCAGCCGAAAAAACUGAAAAAAUUAUUCGAAAAGAUAAUCUUCGUACUGAGGGAGAAAUGACUUUUGUCGAGAGGGAAGAGUAUCAGUAUGUUGUGCGACCUGACCAAGUUAAACCAACGGACAACCUUAAGCCUGAAGGAGAAUUCUACAGUCCUGACAAGCCGAAGUACAAACCAGGCGAAAGACCAUCUCAAGUCAGGCCAGAGGAUAAUCUCAGGCCAGAGGGUGAGUUCUACACACCGGAGAAGCCAGGUUUCCGACCGGCUGAGAGGCCUGUUCAGAAGAAGCCGCAGGAUAACCUCAAGCCUGAAGGCGAAUUUGUCAAGCCUGAGAAACAAGUUUACAAGCCGGCCGAGAAAACUGAAAAAAUUAUUCGAAAAGAUAAUCUUCGUACUGAGGGAGAAAUGACUUUUGUCGAGAGGGAAGAGUAUCAGUAUGUUGUGCGACCUGACCAAGUUAAACCAACGGACAACCUUAAGCCUGAAGGAGAAUUCUACAGUCCUGACAAGCCGAAGUACAAACCAGGCGAAAGACCAUCUCAAGUCAGGCCAGAGGACAAUCUUAGGCCAGAGGGUGAGUUCUACACACCGGAGAAGCCAGGUUUCCGACCCGCUGAGAGGCCUGUUCAGAAGAAGCCAGAAGACAACCUAAAACCUGAAGGAGAAUUCUACAGUCCUGAAAAACCGAAGUACAAACCAGGCGAAAGGCCUUCUCAAGUCAGGCCAGAGGAUAAUCUCAGGCCAGAGGGUGAGUUCUAUACACCGGAGAAGCCAGGUUUCCGACCCGCUGAAAGGCCUGCUCAGAAGAAACCGCAGGAUAACCUCAAGCCUGAAGGCGAAUUUGUCAAGCCUGAGAAACAAGUUUACAAGCCGGCCGAGAAAACUGAAAAAAUUAUUCGAAAAGAUAAUCUUCGUACUGAGGGAGAAAUGACUUUUGUCGAGAGGGAAGAGUAUCAGUAUGUCGUGCGCCCUGACCAAGUUAAGCCAACGGACAACCUAAAACCUGAAGGGGAAUUUUACAGUCCUGAAAAACAGAAGUACAAACCAGGCGAAAGGCCUUCUCAAGUCAGGCCAGAGGAUAAUCUAAGACCAGAGGGUGAGUUCUACACACCGGAAAAGCCAGGUUUCCGACCGGCUGAGAGGCCUGUUCAGAAGAAGCCAGAAGACAACCUAAAACCUGAAGGAGAAUUCUACAGUCCUGAAAAACCGAAGUACAAACCAGGCGAAAGGCCUUCUCAAGUCAGGCCAGAGGAUAAUCUCAGGCCAGAGGGUGAGUUCUACACACCGGAGAAGCCAGGUUUCCGACCGGCUGAGAGGCCUGUUCAGAAGAAGCCAGAAGACAACCUAAAACCUGAAGGAGAAUUCUACAGUCCUGAAAAACCGAAGUACAAACCAGGCGAAAGGCCUUCUCAAGUCAGGCCAGAGGAUAAUCUCAGGCCAGAGGGUGAGUUCUACACACCGGAGAAGCCAGGUUUCCGACCGGCUGAGAGGCCUGUUCAGAAGAAGCCGCAGGAUAACCUCAAGCCUGAAGGCGAAUUUGUCAAGCCUGAGAAACAAGUUUACAAGCCGGCCGAGAAAACUGAAAAAAUUAUUCGAAAAGAUAAUCUUCGUACUGAGGGAGAAAUGACUUUUGUCGAGAGGGAAGAGUAUCAGUAUGUCGUGCGCCCUGACCAAGUUAAGCCAACGGACAACCUAAAACCUGAAGGGGAAUUUUACAGUCCUGAAAAACAGAAGUACAAACCAGGCGAAAGGCCUUCUCAAGUCAGGCCAGAGGAUAAUCUAAGACCAGAGGGUGAGUUCUACACACCGGAGAAGCCAGGUUUCCGACCCGCUGAGAGGCCUGUUCAGAAGAAGCCAGAAGACAACCUAAAACCUGAAGGAGAAUUCUACAGUCCUGAAAAACCGAAGUACAAACCAGGCGAAAGGCCUUCUCAAGUCAAGCCAGAGGAUAAUCUCAAGCCAGAAGGUGAGUUCUAUACACCGGAGAAGCCAGGUUUCCGACCGGCUGAGAGGCCUGUUCAGAAGAAGCCAGAAGACAACCUAAAGCCUGAAGGAGAAUUCUACAGUCCAGAAAAACCGAAGUACAAACCAGGCGAAAGGCCUUCUCAAGUCAGGCCAGAGGAUAAUCUCAGGCCAGAGGGUGAGUUCUACACACCGGAGAAGCCAGGUUUCCGACCGGCUGAGAGGCCUGUUCAGAAGAAGCCAGAAGACAACCUAAAACCUGAAGGAGAAUUCUACAGUCCUGAAAAACCGAAGUACAAACCAGGCGAAAGGCCUUCUCAAGUCAAGCCAGAGGAUAAUCUCAAGCCAGAGGGUGAGUUCUAUACACCGGAGAAGCCAGGUUUCCGACCGGCUGAGAGGCCUGUUCAGAAGAAGCCGCAGGAUAACCUCAAGCCUGAAGGCGAAUUUGUCAAGCCUGAGAAACAAGUUUACAAGCCGUCCGAGAAAACUGAAAAAAUUAUUCGAAAAGAUAAUCUUCGUACUGAGGGAGAAAUGACUUUUGUCGAGAGGGAAGAGUAUCAGUAUGUUGUACGACCUGACCAAGUUAAACCAACGGACAACCUUAAGCCUGAAGGAAAAUUCUACAGUCCUGACAAGCCGAAGUACAAACCAGGCGAAAGGCCUUCUCAAGUCAGGCCAGAGGAUAAUCUAAGACCAGAGGGUGAGUUCUACACACCGGAGAAGCCAGGUUUCCGACCGGCUGAGAGGCCUGUUCAGAAGAAGCCAGAAGACAACCUAAAGCCUGAAGGAGAAUUCUACAGUCAAGAAAAACCGAAGUACAAACCAGGCGAAAGGCCUUCUCAAGUCAGGCCAGAGGAUAAUCUCAGGCCAGAGGGUGAGUUCUACACACCGGAGAAGCCAGGUUUCCGACCGGCUGAGAGGCCUGUUCAGAAGAAGCCAGAAGACAACCUAAAACCUGAAGGAGAAUUCUACAGUCCUGAAAAACCGAAGUACAAACCAGGCGAAAGGCCUUCUCAAGUCAAGCCAGAGGAUAAUCUCAAGCCAGAGGGUGAGUUCUAUACACCGGAGAAGCCAGGUUUCCGACCGGCUGAGAGGCCUGUUCAGAAGAAGCCGCAGGAUAACCUCAAGCCUGAAGGCGAAUUUGUCAAGCCUGAGAAACAAGUUUACAAGCCGGCCGAGAAAACUGAAAAAAUUAUUCGAAAAGAUAAUCUUCGUACUGAGGGAGAAAUGACUUUUAUCGAGAGGGAAGAGUAUCAGUAUGUCGUGCGUCCUGACCAAGUUAAGCCAACGGACAACCUAAAACCUGAAGGGGAAUUUUACAGUCCUGACAAGCCGAAGUACAAACCAGGCGAAAGACCUUCUCAAGUCAGGCCAGAGGAUAAUCUAAGACCAGAGGGUGAGUUCUACACACCGGAGAAGCCAGGUUUCCGACCCGCUGAGAGGCCUGUUCAGAAGAAGCCAGAAGACAACCUAAAACCUGAAGGAGAAUUCUACAGUCCUGAAAAACCGAAGUACAAACCAGGCGAAAGGCCUUCUCAAGUCAAGCCAGAGGAUAAUCUCAAGCCAGAGGGUGAGUUCUAUACACCGGAGAAGCCAGGUUUCCGACCGGCUGAGAGGCCUGUUCAGAAGAAGCCAGAAGACAACCUAAAGCCUGAAGGAGAAUUCUACAGUCCAGAAAAACCGAAGUACAAACCAGGCGAAAGGCCUUCUCAAGUCAGGCCAGAGGAUAAUCUCAGGCCAGAGGGUGAGUUCUACACACCGGAGAAGCCAGGUUUCCGACCGGCUGAGAGGCCUGUUCAGAAGAAGCCAGAAGACAACCUAAAACCUGAAGGAGAAUUCUACAGUCCUGAAAAACCGAAGUACAAACCAGGCGAAAGGCCUUCUCAAGUCAAGCCAGAGGAUAAUCUUAGGCCAGAGGGUGAGUUCUACACACCGGAGAAGCCAGGUUUCCGACCGGCUGAGAGGCCUGUUCAGAAGAAGCCGCAGGAUAACCUCAAGCCUGAAGGCGAAUUUGUCAAGCCUGAGAAACAAGUUUACAAGCCAGCUGAAAAAACUGAACAAAUUAUUCGAAAAGAUAAUCUGCGCACGGAGGGAGAAAUGACUUUUGUCGAGAGGGAAGAGUAUCAGUAUGUUGUGCGACCUGACCAAGUUAAACCAACGGACAACCUUAAGCCUGAAGGAGAAUUCUACAGUCCUGACAAGCCGAAGUACAAACCAGGCGAAAGACCUUCUCAAGUCAGACCGGAGGAUAAUCUUAGGCCAGAGGGUGAGUUCUACACACCCGAGAAGCCAGGUUUCCGACCGGCUGAGAGGCCUGUUCAGAAGAAGCCGCAGGAUAACCUCAAGCCUGAAGGCGAAUUUGUCAAGCCUGAGAAACAAGUUUACAAGCCAGCCGAAAAAACUGAAAAAAUUAUUCGAAAAGAUAAUCUGCGCACGGAGGGAGAAAUGAUUUUUGUCGAGAGGGAAGAGUAUCAGUAUGUUGUGCGACCUGACCAAGUUAAACCAACGGACAACCUUAAGCCUGAAGGAGAAUUCUACAGUCCUGACAAGCCGAAGUACAAACCAGGCGAAAGACCUUCUCAAGUCAGGCCAGAGGAUAAUCUCAGGCCAGAGGGUGAGUUCUACACACCGGAGAAGCCAGGUUUCCGACCCGCUGAAAGGCCUGCUCAGAAGAAGCCAGAAGACAACCUGAAACCCGAGGGGGAAUUCUACAGUCCAGAGAAGCCGAGGUACAAGCCAGGCGAAAGACCUUCUCAAGUCAGGCCAGAAGAUAACCUCAGACCAGAGGGUGAAUUCUACACACCCGAUAAACCACGAUUCAAGCCGGCGGAGAGACCAGUUCAAAAGAAACCACAUGACAAUUUAAGGCCGGAAGGAGAGUUUUACAGUCCAGAAAGACAACCGUACAGGCCUGGAGAACGUCCAACCCAAGUUCGACCUGAGGAUAAUUUGAGACCUGAAGGAAAUUUCUACGCUCCUGAAAAGCCAGGAUAUAGACCAGGAGAAAGACCAGUGCCGAAGAAGCCCGUUGAUAACCUUAAGCCAGAGGGACAGUUUGUUCAACCAGAAAAACAGGUUUAUAAACCUGCAGAAAGAACUGAGAGAAUCAUCCAAAAGGACAAUUUACGCACCGAAGGUGAAAUGACUUUUGUAGAUAAAAAAGAGUAUCAGUAUGUUGCUAGGCCAGAUCAAGUGAAACCAACUGACAACCUAAAGCCUGAAGGAGAGUUCUACAGUCCCGAUAAAUCAAAGUAUCAACCAGGUGAGCGGGUGACCGUUGUGAGGCAAAAUGAUAACUUAAAACUUGAGGGAGAGUUCUACGUCCAAGACAAAAAAGAAUUCAAGCCUGCCGAAAGACCUAAACAGAAAAAGCCUAUUGACAAUUUGAAACCGGAGGGUGUGAUGGAUAUGCCAAAGAAGGUUACAUAUAAGCCUGCCGAUAAGGUUACAAGAGUUAUUCAUAAAGACAACCUUCGCAGUGAAGGAGAAAUGAUAUUUACAGAAAAAACUGAGUACCAGCACGUUGUAAGACCAUCUCCAGUAAAACCAGAAGAUAACUUAAAAACAACUGGGAAGUUUUACGUACCAGAAAAGGCAAUUCCUACGAACGGUGAACGCCCAGAGGCGGUUAGGCCUAAGGACAAUCUCAAGCCGGAAGGAGUAAUGUACACCCCUGAUAAGCCGAAAUAUGAGUCAGCUUCCCGCCCAGAACAGAAGAAAUAUGUCGAUAACUUGAAACCGGAAGGGAAGAUGCACAUCCCAGAAAAAGAAGGGUUCCGGCCGGCAGAUAGAGUAAAGACGGUUAUUAGAAAAGACAAUUUAAAAAGCGAGGGUGAAAUGACUUUUACCCAGAAAGAGGAAUACCAGCAUGUUAAACGACCAGAGCAAGUGAAACCAAGCGAUAACCUUAAAGUAGAAGGCGAAUUCUACACACCGGAUAAGACAACCUUUAGGCCUGCUGAACGACCAAUUCAAAAGAAACCUAAGGAUAACCUUAAACCAGAAGGUGAAUUUUAUAAGAGGACCAACCGAAGCGAAACCGAUAGCACGAUUGUUACACAAACUAUGAAAAAAGAAACGCCAAAGCGUCCCGUCGACAAUCUAAAGCUGGAAGGUUCUAUGACUGUAACCAGAAGGGAUGACUAUAAAAAUACGGCCAACAAUAGAACUGUCAAUAAAAUUCAACGCGUUCAAAAAAUCAACCACAACAGUUCAUCUAUUACUUUGGGUAGCGAUACUUCCAUCCUCAAAACGACCAAUCAAAUGAAUUAUGUAUCUGGAAAGGAUGCAGUUAAACAAGUUGAUUCCAACAGUCAAAACCCAGUUGACGGCUUAAUUGUUGUAUCCACAAAGAAGGUUACUACUGUGAUUGGAGGGCGCCACAAGAAAGAACCAGAAACUGAAUAUGUCAAGAGGCCAGCGAGGAUAAACGUAAUCGAAAAUGUUGCCAAGAAUACAACAACGACAAACAUCGAGAAUACCCAAAACAUUCACAAUGAAAGCACAUCGUUGCAAAGAAACCACAAAACAAUCCAAAACUCUGCACUGACUAUGGAAAAUAUCAGAGGAUCUGAUGUAUCCAGAAACGAUAUUGAAACGAAUAGUAGACGUGUCACCGGAAAUAUCACGGGCGGCAUUAGAUCCCAAGUGGUAUUGGGUGGAACAAUUUCUGAUACUGUAGCUGGGGACUCUUCAUCAACUCGCGUAGUUUCUGGCAGAAAUAUAACCAGCAACGUUACUGAGGAUUCGACCACGCGUGUAAUCUCAGGAAGAAACGUUUCCAGCAACAUAGCUGGUGAAUCAACUACCCGUUUGGUUUCCGGAAGAUCUGUCUCCAAUAACAUAAUUGGUGAUACCGCAAACAAAGUGUUGUCUGGAAGCACUGUAGGACACAACAGUACCGAAGGUUCAACGUCGCAGGUGGUUUCCGGAGGCCCAAGCUCCAGCACUAAUAUUGUAACAGGAAGCUCAACUUCACACAUGAGCACUUCAAAGAACUUCCAUCACCGAAAAAGUGAGUUUUCCUCCGAAGCGGACGUCUCAAAUACGGUCUUCCAUCGCAAGAGCGUAACCAGCGAUUUAAAUACUGCCAAUGGCAGCCUGACCUCCAACGGAAAGAUGCAGCGUAAAAGUAUACUCAAUCUACACGAGCAACCAUCCAGUACAACCACCCAUGGCGGGGAGCGUCAAAGCUACAGCAGCAUCCAUCGCCAGAAUCGAGACUCUGAAGUAAAUACUACCUUUACAAGUGAACGUCGAACCUGCAAUGUGCAUAAGGAAAACAGGGAGCACAACGUGAAGAACUCAUCCUCCAUGUCCCGCAUAAUUUCUGGUGGGGGUACCGGAACCGAAAGCAGAUCGAAUGUCGAACGUUCAAGGGUUACACGCACCCAAGUGUCGGGGGCUGGCAUCGAUUUUCCGUCUCAAUCUCACUCCCACGUCGGAAGCCAUGCGACCCGUCACCGAGGAAGUCAGCAUGUGUCCAGUUUAGGCGGCGGCAUCGAUUUCCCCUCCUACAGUGCUCACGGACAACACGAGCGAGUGGUCACCCGCCGUGGCAAUCAGUCCUCAAUUAGUCUGGGCAACGACAAAUUUACCAGCUCCAGUCUGUACAAGAGUGAAUACAUAACUGCCCCGAAAACGACCUGUGCUGUGCAUAAGAUUAAUCAAGGUGCAUUCCAACAUACCAGGAGUACUCAAGAACAUAAGUUCUUUAAGACUUCAAACUAACGAAGCCACCCUACGAGAAUACAUAUAUUUUGCUUUACUAAUACUCAUAUCCCAUAUUAAUAAUAAGCUAAGCUUCCAUGACAAUAUAUGUUUUAUACAAUAUACAAACCAAUCCGAAACUGAAGAUUAACAAUAAAAACCAAUUUUUGAAUCGAA